CCUCGUCAAUUUGCUUCUGUAACCGGAAAUACGUUUUUAGCAGGGCGGGUCUUGUAAAGGGUCAUCGGAGGCAACUUGGUGGUUUAGUUCUAGAGAAAAACGCUUGUUUUUUGUCUAAUGGAAUCGCUUGAAAAAGAGGAGCCCGUCCUGCGGCAUGUGGAGCUGGAUGUGCUCAUCCCAAAAUUGAUGCGGGAGAAGGCCAAGGGGCUGUGUGUGGAAAAGGUGGAAGCUUUCAACCACUGCUGCAAGGAGAAUGGGUUCCUGAUGGUGUUUAAAUGCCAGGAGCAGAACGCCGCCCUGAAGGAGUGCCUGACCACAUAUUACAAAGAUCCAGCAUUUUUUGAAGUGUGUAAGCAGGAAUACAUCAAUGAGAAGUUGGAGUUUCAGAGGACGGGGAUUCCUGCUAAGAAGAGGACAGAGAGAUUGCCCACGAGCAUGUAGCCUCAUCCGUCUGUCCUGCUGGGGAGGGAGAUUGUCUGCACUUUGGUCUUUUGUGUGUAAAAUGGAGAGGUUUAAAAAAAACAAAAGACUUUGCCAUAUAUGCCAGAUUUUGGCUGAUUGGCCUAUGAAUUACUUCUGGCUGCUGCAGGGCUACAGAUAUAGUAUAUAGUAUAUUAUAGUGUAUCUGUACACUCAAUGCAGACCCUUGUUUUAUAUAUUUUUUGGUACUGAAUGGCUGGUCUCAUAGCUCUCUGAGCAGAGGAACAGUAGUUAUUGUAGCCGAGGCCUGUACACCAGUUUGUUUGCAUUCCAAAAGGGCAUUUUGUGAAUUUAUAGAGCCUUUGUGCUCUGACAUGACUUUAAUCGUAGCCUCGUCUGGAUGUGGUGUGCUUUCUGCCUCCAUUCGUUCCAUUGAAAUGAGAAACCUAGCCAUGCCACUUGUUGUCUUUAUGCUGUACACAUAUUAAAAGGCUCUCUCUUUUUUCUUUUAAGCUCCCACCUCCUUCAAGAAAUAAUAACAGGAAAUGGGGGGCCGGGUGUGGGGGCGUGUGGCUAUGGGGAGAACACUGUGGGGGCACACGUCUUCCUCACGAGCUCCUGCUGCCGUCUACCUCACACACGUGCGUCCUCCGCUUUUAAACAAAUUAGAAGUGAAUGCCACGCCAGCUGAUGUGACGGUAGAUCAGCAGAAUUACAGGCUGUAUCAGGCUGGAGGGAGUGUAAACUUUGACUCCGGCAGCGUUAAAAGCCGUAUUUAUAGAAGCACUGGGAGCUCACCUUUUACCGCUCUCUGCCUGAUGAAAAGGCGACGAGCGCGUUCCUGCGGCACAACCUGACGCAGUUAUGCCCGGAGGAGCAUUGCACCGACACACAUCAGUCAGGAUAACUCCCUACCGCCUUUCACGACUGUUUGGUGGUGUAAAAAUGAGUGGUGUUCCCCCAGAUAAUUGUGCAAGUGUUGAUAGGGUGAGCAAAAAUGAAUAAAAUGCUCGAACAUAUUGCAGUAUGUUUGAUAUGUGUGCACUGAAAACGAGAGUGGCCAAUAAAUUAUGGAAAUAAAGACAACUGUUAAAAGAUUAUGUAUCAAAGAAGUAAAGCAAUAAACACUUGGAAAUA